AUGCAACCAACAGCGAAUAUAUAUUUGUGUUAUAACAUAUUUAAUAUAAUUAAUACAGAAAUAGAUGCAGAUAAUAAUUGUCCUUCAAUUAUUAAACGAAGCGAAUGGAGUACUGUAGAAGCAAAAAGCAUCAAUUAUUUAAUUCUUCCUAUUCCUUAUGCUAUCAUUCAACAUACUGUUACUCCAGAGUGUGACACUAAAGAUGCAUGUAGUACAACCAUUGAAAGUAUACGUUCUUAUCAUAUGGAGAGUUUGGGAUGGCACGAUAUAGGAUAUUCAUUUCUAAUUGGUGGUGAUGGAAAUGUGUAUGAAGGCGCUGGUUGGAAUCGAGAAGGAGCUCAUACAUACAGAUAUAAUAAAAAAUCAGUUGGAAUUGCUUUUAUAGGAAAUUUUCAAGAUAAACGUGCAAGUGAUAAAAUGCUUAAUGCAGCUCAUAAAUUAAUUAUUUGUGGUAAGUCACAAGGGGUACUUAGAAAUGAUGUCCGUGUAAUUGGUGCUAGACAAGUUAUAGCCACUGAAAGUCCAGGAAUUAAACUUUAUAAACAAAUUAAAGAGUGGCCAGAAUGGUCUACAAAUCCUUAACUUUCCUUAUAUUUCUAUAAUUGAAGUUAUACGCAGUUCUUUAGGCUAUGGAUAUAAUUAAAGGUUAAUAUUUUGAUACGAAUAUAAUAUAGAAUUUUAAAAAAAUGUUAAACAGUGAACAUUAAAUAAAUUUACGAGAUGCAUA